UCAAACCAAAGAUUUUUCAUUUCAGAAUAUUGUCAGACAAAAAAAGAAAAAGAAAAAUUAAAAGGAGCUCUUUUUAGAUGACUCCGUUGAGCUGUCGCUUUCUCACUUUUCUCACUCACUCUUUUACUUACAUCACUGGCUGCUAGUGCUACCCUUUAUAGCCUCUUCACAGUGGCCGGAAUCUCAAUUCCGAUCAUUCUCGCCGGAAUCUUAUCUUCCUAUUCAGGACAAAUAAUGGAGAGAAAUAGAGGGAAAUGGAUGGUUGUCAGAGAAAAAAGCUUUUAGUCAAAACUUUCCGUUUCAGUAUGAUAUGCCAUUUGGAUCACAAGGUUGAGGUAUUAGUUUAUGUGACGACCCUGCACGAGACCUUGGAGAUGAGAGUAAGGGGUUUCAUCUCCAAACAAAUGGGUUAACCUUUUGGAGUGAGCAGUAUGUUUCUUUCUAUUUAAUGAAGAAAGAAAAAAAGAAAAAUAAAUAUGCAGGGAUAGAAGGAGAUUCUACUGCUUUUGGAAGGUUAACAGAAAGGUUUUUGCUAAUCAAGAAAUAAAAAUGGUGACAAAAAAGCAUUUCUGUGGAUCAUACCAUCCAUAUAAUGAUCAACCCUUUGAGGCUCUCUGCUGCGGCUCAUGGAAAGCUCUGAAGAGUAUACGCAUUAGUAAUGGGACUAUGCGUUUGAAUUUUAUGGAUCAUGGAUGUACUCUUCAGGAGAAAGGACCCUUUACGAACCUUCGAAUAAAGUCCAGACAAGCUACAUUAUCUGACUGCACUUGCUUUCUAAGACCCGGUGUUGAUAUAUGUGUGCUUUCAACCUUGCAAUCGGAUGAUGAAGGACAAGAUCCUGUUUGGAUUGAUGCUAGAAUAAGUUCCAUAGAGAGGAAGCCUCACGAAUCUGGAUGCUCAUGUAAAUUUUACAUCAACUUCUAUACCAACCAAGGCCCUCUGGGUUCGGUGACAGAAACACUAAAUAAAGAGAUUACAGUAGUAGAAAUUGAUAAAAUAUUUAUCCUUCAAAAGAUUGGUCAAAACUUUUGUGAGGAUCAGUACUACAGAUGGGAUUUCUCAAAGGAUUGCUCCACACGGCAAAAGACCAAAAUGCUUUUAGGGAAAAUCUUAUCUGAUCUUUCAUGGUUACUUGUUACCUCUUCUGUAAAGAAUAUAUCAUUUGAUGUAAGAUCAGUGCAAAGCAAAAUUGUAUAUCAAAUUUUGGGAGUUGUUGAGGAAAGCAGUUCUUCAAGUUCCCAUAGUACUCUACAUGCUGCAAACUUUAGAGUAGAUAAUGGUAUUUCAGUCCCAAUUGUUGUUCAAUUUGCCCAAGAUGAUUCUAUCAGAGCAGAACCUAAUCCAACACUUGACAAAAUUGAAGCUGAACCAUCACCAUUUUCUGAUUCCAUGGGCUUACGUCGUUCCAAGCGUCGCAAUGUUCAACCCGAGCGUUUCCUUGGCUGUGACAGUGGGUCAGAGAUAGAUGUUGGCUAUGUUCGGACAAGACCAUACAAGAUAGAUAGAGGGGAAGAUAUUGAAUUGUCAAUGCCGUUGUCACUCCUUUUUGGUGUAAAUGGACUUCGUUCAAAAGCACAUAGUAGGGAUGAAAAUAUAAGUCACCCUCGUAAACGAAACUUCUCUGGGAAUCUAAUUGAAUAUGAAAGCAAGGCCACAUCAAGGAAGGUAAAACCAGGUGUGACUAAUCGUAAAGAACAUCCAUACAAACCAGAUGUUCCUUUAACUGAAAAAGAAAUUGCUUCGCUAUCCUUUGACAACUAUCAAUUCCAAGCCAAGAAUCCUCGAAACCAUGCAAAGAAGCUUGAUGAGAUUUCUCCCCAGCGUUAUUACGCUAACAAUUACCAUAAAGUGCAGAAAAAGAAUAUUUCUGAUCUAGAAGAGUUGGAGCUUGAAAGUACAUGGGAAAGAAGACCAGUCGCUAAAAGUGCACAGAAAAGAAGAUAUCGUCGUAAUAUCCGAUACAACAGUUUCAGUGGAGAAAGAACUUAUCAAAAGAGGUCUCUCCAUGCAGGAGCAUACACAGAACUAAUAAACUCAUUCUUGAAAAACAUUGAUUGUACAGGCAAGGAAGAGCCACAGAUCACUGACCAGUGGAAAGAACAUAAAACAACCAACCUACAGAAUGAAAUGCCGCCAGAUGAGGAUGAGGAAGAAAUGUCAGAGACUGAAAUUUUGUGGAAAGAAAUGGAACUAGCCUUGGCAUCAUCUUAUGUUCUUGAUGAUGAUGAGGAUUCAAAUGUCGGUGGUGCAAGUGAAAAAUUUUCAAACCCAGAAUGCGAACAUGAAUACAAAGUGGAUGAAGAAGUUGGUAUUUUGUGCAGUUUGUGUGGUUCUGUUUUCACAGAAAUAAGAGAUAUUUUGCCACCCUUUAUGCAAAACACUGGUUGGAGUGCAGCUGAUAAAAAUUUCAGUGAAGAAGAUUUAGAGCGUGGUGCAGCUGAAGAUUCUGAGAUGGAUUUUCUACGUCCUCAGGGUUGUCCUGAUGAACCUCUAUCAGAAAAAAAUGAGAAUGUGUGGGCCUUAAUUCCCGAAAUUCGAAGGAAGUUACACCUUCAUCAGAAAAAGGCUUUUGAGUUUCUGUGGAAAAAUAUUGCAGGAUCUUUAACGCCGGAUUUGAUAAAACCAAAGUCCAACAAGUUGGGUGGUUGUGUCAUCUCUCAUUCUCCCGGUGCUGGGAAAACUUUUUUAAUGAUAGCAUUCCUUGUCAGCUACCUAAAGUUAUUCCCAGGAAAAAGACCUUUGAUCCUUGCUCCAAAGACAACACUCUAUACCUGGUACAAAGAAUUUAUUAAGUGGAAAAUUCCCGUACCUGUUUAUUUAAUCCAUGGUCGGAGAACCUAUAGAGUGUUCAGGCAAAAAUCUAUUAUCUUUCCUGGAGCUCCGAGGCCAACGGAUGAUGUCAGGCAUAUUCUGGAUUGCUUAGAGAAGAUCCAGAAGUGGCAUGCACAUCCAAGUGUUCUUGUAAUGGGUUACACUUCAUUUCUUGCAUUGAUGCGUGAAGACUCCAAAUUUGCGCAUAGGAAAUUUAUGGCUAAAGUUUUGAGGGAAAGUCCAGGAAUCUUGAUAUUAGAUGAAGGACAUAAUCCCAGAAGUACCAAAUCAAGGUUGAGGAAGGCCUUAAUGAAAGUUGAAACAGACCUAAGAAUAUUACUUUCAGGUACAUUGUUCCAGAACAACUUCUGCGAAUAUUUCAACACUUUAUGUUUGGCAAGACCAAAGUUUGUGAAUGAAGUGUUGAAGGUCUUAGACCCAAAAUACAAAAAGAAAAAGAAGAAACUAGUGGAAAAGGCACGCAAUUUGAUGGAAGCACGAGCAAGGAAGUUCUUCUUAGAUAAUAUUGCAAAGAAAAUUGAUUCAAAUGAAGAAAAGGAGAGGAUGCAGGGUCUUAAAAUGUUGAGAAAAAUCACCACUGGAUUCAUCGAUGUGUAUGAAGGUGGAGGAUCUUCUGACACACUUCCUGGCCUACAAAUUUACACCUUGUUGAUGAACUCAACUGAUAAGCAGCAUGAGAUUUUGGUGAAACUGCAUCAGAUUAUGUCAACAUACCAUGGCUAUCCCCUGGAACUGGAGCUUUUAAUUACUCUUGGAUCUAUUCAUCCUUGGUUAAUCAAAACUGCAGUCUGUGCUAAUAAAUUUUUCAGCGAUGAAGAACUACAGGAUCUUGAGAGGUACAAGUUUGACUUAAAGAAAGGAUCAAAAGUGAAAUUUGUUCUGAACCUUGUUUAUCGUGUUGUCAAGAAGGAGAAAAUUCUGCUCUUCUGUCACAACAUUGCACCAGUUAAACUAUUUUUAGAGUUAUUUGAACAAGUAUUUGGUUGGCAAAGGGGUAAGGAAGUCUUAGUCUUAACAGGGGAUCUUGAAUUAUUUGAACGAGGAAGAGUAAUGGAUAAAUUUGAGGAACCAGCAGGGGAGUCAAAGGUCCUGCUUGCUUCAAUUACAGCCUGCGCUGAAGGAAUCAGUUUGACAGCAGCUUCUCGGGUUAUCAUGCUGGACUCAGAGUGGAAUCCAUCCAAGACAAAGCAGGCUAUAGCAAGAGCUUUUCGGCCUGGACAGCAAAAGGUGGUCUAUGUGUACCAACUUCUUGCCACAGGUACAUUGGAAGAAGACAAGUACCGAAGAACAACAUGGAAAGAAUGGGUUUCGAGUAUGAUUUUCAGUGAGGCUCUUGUGGAGGACCCUUCAAAGUGGCAAGCUGAAAAGCUUGAAGACGACAUACUGCGAGAGAUGGUGGAGGAAGACCGGACGAAAUCGUUCCACAUGAUAAUGAAAAACGAGAAGGCGUCUACCGUCAUCAGAGGUAAAGACUAAACCUUCAAUGACUUUGCUUGUGUAACGAAGAUUGUCUUCGACCAGAUUGUUUCUUUGACCCUUGUUUUAUUCUCCUAAAUGUUUUUCUGGCUAAUUCAUAAGUAAUAUGUUACUAUAUGUUGAUACCUGAGUUCAGUUCGACUUCAUUACACUGACCAGGUUUAGUCAUUUUAUCCACAGUUCAUUAUUCAAAAUACACAUGCUUUGUCUAACCAUUGCAGAUUGUUCUGAAGCAUGGUUAUGUUUAUUUAAUCCAUAAUGAACUUUUUAAUGAGAAUGAGAAUAAAGGAAGCGUUGCCAUUUUCCUUGUGC